AUGCAGGUCCUGCAGGAUGAAUGUCGGCUUGUACCGCUGCAAAGAUUCGUGCAUUAUUUAUGCUCAUGCUCAUUCACCAGUGCAUCGUGUGGAGGUGAUGCCUAUUUUCAAAGCGUAACCCUCAAAGAUCUCGGUCUUCGCAUCCAACUUGGUCACAAGGUUGGCGACUCAUCUAUCCAUCCUGUCGCCAUAGACUUUUGCGGGUGUGAUAAAGCGCAAUCCCACGUUCAACAACUCUUACAUGUCAGAUGGUUCCCUGCGACAACCAGCGACCCGAGAACCGUGGCUACUUUUCGUGUGCUCCGUCAAUUUCACAUUUUAUCAUUCGAAUCGAAGGUUUCUGCCUACGAGUUCUAUCACUCCUUGGUUUGCUUGACUGACAAUACUGGUCUUUUGAAGCGGAAUGACCAUUAUGAGGCAUUCAUGCGCAUGGUGCAUGAAUUUCAGCAUCUCAAGAUGUUGAAGCGAGCUGCCCGUGGACACGACCCAUCUGGCAUCGCUGCCACGCAGCAGGGUGAUUGUUCGGUAUUAUGUCCAGCUUCAAGGAGAUGGUUGUACACUUCAUUUUUCACCAUCGACGCUAACUUUCGGCUCAAGAGAUGGAUAGUCUCGAAAGACACCGUGGAUCCCAGCUUAUCAAAUGGGUGGAGUUAUUUUGUCGACGAGACUGCAUACCGGUCAUAUCUGAACGAUCAUGGCAUGGAGACCCAGGAGAAAAGCUCAUGCGCUAGUCACAACGCGGUGAACAUGGCAGAGUCCAAGUCAUCGAAGGGCCUGGCAGCUACAGGACUUGGCACAAUCGAUUGUGCGCGCCAUAACAUGAAACUUCCUAACUGCCACCGCUCUGUGGAAGUUCUCAACAUAUCAUAUGAUAUUGCGUGCCAAUGGCACAAACAUCUCUGGUCUAGAAUGGCAACACUUCCAGAAGAUUACCACCUUGAUCACACUUCCAAAGACAUCCGCUUCUUUGUCCCUAAGUUCCACCUUCCCAUGCAUAUCGCAAAAUGUCAGACAUCUUUUUCUUUCAACUGGUCUCAUUGGGUUGGGCGCACUGAUGGCAAGGCUCCGGAGCGCGGAUGGUCUAAUAUCAACCCUGUGGCAUCUAGUACAAAAGAGAUGGGCCCGGGCAGUCGACGGGACACUUUGGACAAUCACUUCGGAGACUGGAAUUGGAAAAAGGUUGUCAAUCUAGGUGCAAGCUUGCUACAUAAGAUGAAAGAAGCAAUGCGGGAGAAGGCUGGCUUCCAAGUGGCCUUCGAAGAACUCAACACAGCCAUCACUGAACAACAUCGCACAACCUGGGAAGCCAAGGUAGAACAGUGGGAGGCUAAUCCAACCAAUACGAGCAUCCCAAAUCCGUUUGAGGUGAAGUCAGUUGCAAUCACCCAGGCUGGCGCUCAUCUGAGGCUAGCAGAACUGGAGGGUCGGGAACUCGAAAGCGGUGCAGAUGUAUCGCUGCAUCCUGAGGUCUCAGCAGCGGUUUUGAUUGGCUUGGGGCUGGACUUAGAAGAAGAUCAACGACGGGUCGCUAGGUUUGCGAAGGGUCUCAGUAAUCAUGUGACAGACACACAGAGAGGGAAGUUGCAGUGCCAGAGAAAUGUGUUACAUCGCAAGAUCGAGUCGUGGCGCACAGCACAAGCGCUGUACAUGCCUAUCGUGCAGAGCAUCCUCUCCACCUCAACUUCGACCUCGUCAACCUCUGUGAUUGAGUGUGCAGAGGACUCAAAGCUCUGGCUCCCUUUGGCUAUCAAAAAUCGUCCAUGUCCCACCCACCUCCGACUUUACGAGUGGGAACUCCACCUGGCCCAGGCACACAACGCACUACAAGAGCUCCGUCAAUGUCUACGUAUAUGUUCAUCACUCCUGACAUACAAGAAGGUGUGGGUGUGCGGGCAGGGUGCAAAUACGAGGGCUCAGAAUGCCUUGGAACGUGUGGGGUGGCAAGGUGGCCUUCGGUCACUGCACCCCGAUGAUAUACGACCACUGAUUGAUCCGGAUAUCAUGCCUGGGCAAGGGAGACGGAAGUUGACAUGGAUUUGGACCAUGACUGGCGUGGAUAGUAAUGGGGAUGGCACAGAUGACGAAGGUGUGAGGGUGGAAUGGUGCAAAGCGCGAGCUCGCAUGAUGCGGUGGGCCGAGGAGUUUUUUGAGUGGCAGGCCAACUGGUGGGUUGAGCAGGGGCAUUGGCAUACUGAGAUGGACGUAGAGUGUCUUGAGGGCGUCCGCGCUUAUGCUACCAAGCAGGCAAGCAUUCGCUGGAUCUUAUGGUCUCCCUUUUUAUCAUCUGACAGAGCUCUCUCAAACAUAGACUCAGAUGAUGAUGCUGACCUCCUGGAUCUCUCAGCGCCGCCUCUCCCCGAGAUGUAA